CUCCCAGGAGGCCAGUGCGCGGCCGCAGAGCUCGACCUGCGCCUUGCUCCGCCCCUGGGACGAGCCGGAGCCACCAUGGAGGAAUAUCACCGCCACUGCGACGAGGUUGGCUUCAAUGCUGACGAAGCCCACAAUAUUGUCAAAGAAUGUGUUGAUGAGAUCCUAGGAGGAGAGGACUACAACCAGAACAAUAUCAAUCAGUGGACUGCAAGCAUAGUGGAGCAAUCCCUAGCACAUUUGGUUAAACUGGGGAAAGCUUAUAAAUACAUUGUGACUUGUGCUGUGGUCCAGAGGAGUGCAUAUGGCUUUCACACAGCCAGCUCAUGCUUUUGGGAUACCACAUCCGAUGGAACCUGUACUGUAAGAUGGGAGAACCGAACCAUGAACUGCAUUGUUAAUGUUUUUGCCAUUGCAAUUGUUCUGUAACCAACUAAACAUGUUGGACUAAAGCCAUUAACUUAACAGUUUGUGAGUAUAACCUGUCUCAAAAGAGUAAUAGUUACUUAUUAAUGUCAUAGAUGACAAGUGUGCAAUAUGCUUCAAAGCUAUCAAGAAAAACUGAAUAUUAUUAGCAAAUAGUCUAAUAGCAAGUUGGCAGAUUACCUGAUACUCUAUACAGCAUCAUCUAAAUAGGUAACUUGAAUAUUAGCAAAAAUAAAUGCCGAAUAUAGUCUGUUAUAGAAUAUAAUUUUAUAUUUAUAUAAGGCCUUCACUAAUAUUAUUAUGUACCUAAGCAUACAGGGAAAGUCAUUCUGACAAUAAAAUUAACUUUACACUAGGAAGUUUCACAGGAAUAAAUAUGUGAAAAAAACUACAAAGAUAAAUGUAGAGGAAAUGACAUUAGCUAAUAUCUCUUUGGUGUUUUUCUUAAAUUUUUCCCUUCAUUUAGUUGAAUGAAAUGCUUAACAGAAAGUAAUUUUGCUCUCUUUUCCUCUAUCGACUAAUGUUGUUCUAGCAACUAUGACUAAACAGUUUAGCUUUUCUGCAUACCAGUAAAUCCAUUUUUUAAUUUCGAUUAAUUGGAUUUAUAGUUGAAGUUUAAUGAAAUUCAAUUACCCAAAUUUCCAAGUUAAACAAAAUUAGUUUAAGCAUGUGAUGAACAGUGUAUAACUGAGACAACUGCCUUACAAUCCACUCAUUCUAUGAAAGACAAACAUUUACUGAAUGCCUGUUAUGAUCUUAUUUCUCUGCUAGGCAUUAUACCUCGUACUAUAUUGUUUGAGUGCUAAGCUCCCCUUGGAAGGUAUUCAGUUGGAAGCUUAGCAUUUAUGUUUGAUGAAGGAAAAAUAAAGUGUUGAUCUACAGAGAAGGAAAAGAGUAAAUCUGAAUACCCACAUAGAACUAAGCAAAAUGAAAAGCACUCACUGAUGAUAGAACUAGAGGUGGAAUUUUAAGAGUUGCUCCUAACAAAUUAACAAUGCAUAAAACAUGCAACUCUUAGUUAAAAGCCUUAUUAGUAUACUGUCUUAGCUACACAACUAGUAAAUUUUAUAAUUGCUUUGGUUACAAUCCUGUGUAAAAAUUUAAAAUACUUACGUGGGGUUCAAAUUGAGUGGAAUGAAGUAUAAGUUAAACGUGUACAAUCAUUAGCAUGUCAUUUAAUAUCUCAGGGCACAUAGAAUAUAGUUAAAUUUAUUAAUGAAGACAAUAAAAGAUAAAAGUUAGGGUACACAGCUUGCCACCAAAUGCGAAGUCAAUCUAUUUUGCCUUGCAAACAAAACCAGUUUUGUAUAUUUCCACUAAUACCAAUCCAUGUAGAGACUGGAAUCAUGAUUCAUUGAAUUUUUAGGAAAAAAAGAAAAAAAGUAGCAUGAAUAUUGACAAUACGAAGGCAGGAUUGGAUUCUUGUAAGAAUACUAUGUGUAUGGCUGAUAUUUGGCUAAAUAACUGUAAUUGCUCAGCGUUUAAGAUAAAGUUCAUGAAAAUUCAAGAAGAAAGUUUAAGGUAGAAUUCCAUAUUUUUGGCACACAUCAAAGAUUCUUGUGUUACUUUAUGCUGCUGACUUGCGUGCACCUGGAGAUUAUAAUAGUGACCAAACUAUCUGUGCAGUUAAGGCUUAUUUUUUAUUAUUGUUGAAAGCUCAAAAAAAUCUAAUCAUACCUCGUGAGCUUGCUAUCUGCUCUGUUUCUAGUUAAAAGAUAAUAAAUAUGCUCUGUGCUGUU